AUGCCUCCUUUGACUAAAACCCAAGCUUCUGAAAUCGAGGAAUAUGAUUACUUUGUAAUUGGUGGUGGAUCAGGUGGUCUUGCUUCUGCUCGAAGAGCAUCUUCUUACGGUGCUAAAGUCGGUCUCGCCGAAGCUACCUAUAGACUCGGUGGAACAUGUGUUAACGUGGGAUGUGUUCCUAAGAAGAUCAUGUGGUACACCGCUGAUAUCGCUGACAAUCUCCGUAAAUCCGCUGCAUAUGGAUUCGGUAAAGAGGGCGAAGGAAACAAGAUCGCUGAGGAUUUCAACUGGACUGAAUUGAAGCAUAAGAGAGAUGCUUAUAUCAAGAGAUUGAACGGUAUCUACGAGAGCAAUCUUGUCAAGGACAAAGUUGAUUAUCAUUCCGGUUACGCAUCAUUCAUCGACAAAAACACACUUGAAAUCCAAGGAUUGGACGGUGAAACUUAUCAAGUGAAGUCCAAGAAAAUCACUGUCGCAGUAGGAGGACGACCAACUAUUCCAUCUGACGAAACCAUCCCUGGGGCUUCAUACGGUAUUGACUCGGAUGGUUUCUUUGAUAUUGAAGAACAACCUAAACGAGUCGCUGUUGUCGGUGCAGGAUAUAUCGCAGUUGAAUUAGCAGGUGUAUUCAAUACUCUAGGUACAGAAACUCAUAUCGUCAUUAGACACGAUGAGGUUUUGAGAACUUUCGAUCCUAUGUUAAGCGAAGUUUUGAUGCCUUACAUGGAAAAAACCGGUAUGAACAUCCACAGAAGUUCAAAUGUCAAAAAAGUAGAAAAGACAUCAUCAGGAUCAUUAUUGCUUCAUAUCGAUUCAUUGGAAAAACCACUAGAAGUAGAUGUAUUAUUAUGGGCCAUAGGAAGACAUUCCAAUACUGAAAAACUCGGAUUGGAGAAAGUUGGAGUUGAAACAGUUGGAAAAGGUGAUAUCAAGACGGAUGACUAUCAAAAUACCAAUAUUGAAGAUAUUUAUGCCGUUGGUGAUGUAGGAGGUAAAGCUUUAUUGACUCCAGUUGCUAUUGCAGCUGGAAGAAGAUUAAGUAAUAGAUUAUUCGGUCCUGAACAAUAUAAAAAUGAUAAAUUAUCUUAUGAAAAUAUACCUUCUGUUGUUUUCUCUCACCCUACUAUCGGUUCAGUAGGUUUAUCUGAACCUGAAGCAGUAGAGAAAUUCGGUAAAGACAAUUUGAGAAUUUACAAGACAUCUUUCAAAGCAAUGUCAUUCGCUAUGCUUGACGAAAACCAUAAACAACCAACCGCGUACAAAUUAAUUUGUACAGGUCCAGAAGAGAAAGUCGUCGGAUUACACAUUAUCGGUGAAGGUUCCGAUGAAAUUUUACAAGGAUUCGGAGUCGCUAUCAAGAUGGGAGCUACUAAAGAUGACUUCGAUUCUUGUGUUGCUAUCCACCCCACCUCAUCCGAAGAAUUAGUCACUCUUCGAUAG